AAUUUGAGUGUCUACUCAUCAUAUGAGAUGAUAUACGUUGGCCUUAAAUCGAGAAGCGAUCGGCGAUCGCGGGAUGCGCUGGAUCUGCUGUAUAUGUUCUCCUUCUUCUAUUGGGAGAACAUUGAAUUUAAUCUGAUCAAAGCCGCGGCUACGAACCCUCGGCGAGAACGAGAAGAGACUCAAGCGCGGCGUGAGCAGACGGCCAAGCAACCACUAUCAUCUGUGAUUCCAGUGCCCGUGGCUAGGGCUUGGAUAGCAGCAUCCUACCAGUGGAUUACCACAAUGGCCGACCGGAUGACCAGACCGAGCCCGACUCUGCCGGAUCUGUUGCGAGACGAAGAUGACCAACCCUUCGACGAAGAUAGGCUUCGAAGUGCGCUGUCACUCUUGGUUCGACUAGGCAUGGUGACCCUCCACGAUGAAAACAACAGUUAUUGGAUGCACCCGAUGGUGCACACCUGGGUGCGACAGCGGCCUGAAACCAGUACCGCCGAGCAGGCCCUCUGGUGCCAUGCAGCCGCGACCGCUCUGGCGCAGUCGAUCUUUUUCCACGCUCCGCGGGGGCUCACGGCAUUGGAUGAGAGGUACAAGCGCCAGAUCUAUCCCCACGUGGAACAUGUGCUCAAGUGUCAGGAGGAGGUGGAGGCGCGGUUUGCCGAGAAUCAGAGAAGCGUGCAUCGGCCGUGGCACCAGAUGACGUACCUGUCCACUCUGCCUCAGCAAGGGUUAAAAAGACCUCAUCAGGCAGUAGAAUUCGCCAAGUUCAGUUUGGUCUACCUUCAUUGCGGGCAAUAUGCCAAAGCAGAGGAGUUGCAGCGUCGAGUGAAGGAGUACAUCUUCGCAAGGUCCGGUCCCGAGUCCGAGCACGGGAUCACGAUUGCUCUGUUGCUGUCCAAGACCUACUCUCUGCGGGCCCGCAAUAACGAGGCACGUGCUCUGCAAUAUCGAGUGCUGGACGCGGCCAAAAGCGUCUAUGGUACCGAUCAUCCCAUCACUUUACAGAUCAUGGAUGAUCUUGGCACCACCUGUCUGGCAGGCAGCCGGCUCCAGGAGGCUUAUCGCCUCCAUGAAGAAGUCAUCGGCAGGCUAUCUGAGCUGGACGGGUUUGGACCCCAGCAUGAGAAGACAUGCACUGCCGUGCAGAAUCUGGCUCAUGUCGAACAUCGGUAUCUAGAGCAUGAGAAGGCGUUCGAGCUGCAGUGUCGGGCCUACGAGGGGCUGCGAGAGAUCCUAGGCCCCAGGCAUUCCCAGGCCUUGGAGGCUCAGGAUAGCCUGGCGAGUAGUUAUGGAUUUCUGGGCGAAGAGCACCUGCCCCUCGCGCUGCAGAUGAGCGAGGAAGUGAGGCAGAUCCGCACCCAGACCCUGGGCCGGGAACACCCCUUGACCCUCCAAUCCAACCUCACUGUGGCCAAGAUCCAGACCGCGAUGGAUCGGUUUGCAGAGGCCGAGCAAUUGUUCCUCGAAGGGCUGCCCGUCGCCGAGAGAAAUCUGGGGCCGAACCACCUCGGAACCCUGGCGGCCCGCACGUGGCUCGGGCAUCUGUACUGGCGUCAAGAACGGCAUUCGGAGGCGCAGGCCAUCUGGAUCGAUGUCAUCUCCAAACAGAGAUAUGAGCCGUCCAAACGGGCGGAUGGGGAGCAUACGGAUCGCAUCCAAGCCAUGUGGUUUCUCCUCCACUCUUAUGAGGAUCAAGGGCGGGUGGAUGAUGCCCUGCAGAUCUCGGAGGAGAUCGCGCAACUGCUGUACGACUUUGGCGGAGAAGGUCUGGGACCGAAGCACAAACUCUGGGUACAUCUGCAAAGCAAGAGGAAGGUUCUGUUGCGGUCUAAGGAACAGAGCAGUAAGUCUAAUAUUGCUGAUGGUUGUGGUGGUGGUAAUGGUGGAGGAGUUACCCUUGUUCGGCCAAAGAAGGUGGUGAAGGACUUUACCUUCUGA